GUCACUCGCUCAGGCACGCCGAGGGCAGUCUUUAUCGGGUCCUCGUGAUCAGCCAAGAUGGCUGCCCCCGCGGUGAAGGCUGCGCGAGGGUGGUCGGGCCUCGCCUUGGGCGUGCGGGGUCCUGUCCUGCGGCUUCCAGGGCUAACCCAAGUGAGGUGGAGCCGCUAUGGUCCUGAAUACAAGGAUCCCCAGAUUGACAAGGAAUAUUACCGCAAGCCCUUGGCCGAGCUGACUGAGGAGGAGAAGUAUGAGCGGGAGCUCAGGGAGACCCAGCUUAUCAAAGCUGCGCCGGCGGCGAAAACAAGCUCUGUGUUUGAAGACCCGGUGAUCAGUAAGUUCACCAACAUGAUGAUGAAAGGAGGAAACAAAGUACUGGCCAGAUCCCUCAUGACACAGACUCUGGAAGCUGUGAAAAGAAAGCAGUUUGAAAAGUACCAUGCUGCUUCUGCAGAGGAACAGGCAACCAUUGAACGCAACCCUUAUACCAUCUUCCAUCAAGCCCUGAAAAACUGUGAGCCCGUGAUUGGGCUGGUACCCAUCCUCAAGGGUGGCCAUUUCUACCAGGUCCCUGUGCCGCUACCUGAUCGGCGCCGUCGCUUCCUGGCCAUGAAGUGGAUGAUUACUGAGUGCAGGGAGAAUAAGCACCGGCGGAUGCUAAUGCCAGAGAAGCUGUCGCGGGAGCUGCUGGAGGCUUUUCACAAUCAGGGCCCUGUGAUUAAGAGGAAGCACGACAUGCACAAGAUGGCCGAGGCCAACCGCGCGCUGGCCCACUACCGCUGGUGGUAGGGGAGGGCGGAGGCCCUGCGGCAAGAAACCUCAGUGUGAGCCACUACCACGUGGAGAAGUACCUGUGGGUUAAGAGUGUCCUUCCUUUUUAAGGGCAGGCAGUCCUCAUAAGGAUGGAGCAGCAUGUUUAUUGCUUGUUGUUCUUUUCUUUGGGGGCUAGAACUCUCUCUCCUUGCCCCAUCUCCUUGCAUAGAGAAAUCCAACUUGGAUUUCUCCCAAGAAACUUAGGGCUCAUCCAGCCUUCUCUUCCUUCAGCUUGGGGUGGACCUUUGGGUGAUACUAAAUGAAGCAGUUUUAGUAUCAGAAAGAGUUUAUUUGAAAGUUCUCACCCUGAACUGGUGUUGCAUGUGAUGUGGUACUGCCAUCCAUUAAAACCAGCUAGAAGAAA